AUGAUCGGAAUCACCAUCAUCACUGGGUUCCUCGGGGCGGGCAAAACCACCCUCCUCAAGAACCUCCUCAAGGAGAGCCUCCGAAAUGGAAAAAAAAUCGCAAUCAUCCACAAUGAGUUCACCGAGAAUAAUAACAACAUCGAUAAAAUUGUGUUCAAGGAUAUAAACGAUAUUUAUAAUUUCCCCAACCAGGGGGUAGCAAGGACGGGGGCCAAGGACGGAGCCAAGAGUGCUGAACAAAAUGAUGUGCACUCCGAUCGCCAAAACGACCAAGAGGACCAAAACGACAUAACCAUCGUCAAUCGAAUCGAAAAAGAAGAGGGCUACAUCUACGAACUGAACAACGGCUGCCUCUGCUGCUCCAACAAAAGCAACAUUGUCAAGCUCAUUGAAAAUAUCCUUUCCAUGAAAAGUCACUACGACUACAUCUUUGUCGAAGUGGCGGGCGUGUACGACAACAUCCAGCUGAACAAUCUGCUCUGGCUGGAUGAUCUGAACAAGUCUCAAAUUUACCUUGACAGUAUUGUCUACAUUUUGGACGCGUAUAACUUUGUGAAAUCCUUCCAGAGGGGGGAUUCAUUCCGCGGUCAUGGCGCCCUGGCGGAAGCUGCUUCCCUGUUCGCUUCCACGCAGGAAGAAAAGGAAAAGAACCUUCCUUGUGGGGAAGCAGCAGAGAGGACGAAAGAGGGGAAUGUUAGCCUACCCCAAGAGGGCAUCACAGAGGCCGCCCCUUCCCCCACCGAACAACUAAUCGUCUGCGACGUUGUAAUUAUAAAUAAGGUAGACAAAAUUAGCGAAGAGGAAAGGGAAAAAAUAAAAUCCUUCAUUAGCAAUAUGAACCCAUUCAGUUCGAUUUACCUGACCAGUUAUGCUGCCCUCCCGAUGAAACACCUAACAGAACUGAAAUGUUACGAAAAAAAAAAUAUAAAAGAUGUGUUGGAAAAUUCGAUGAGCAGUCACACUUCAGAUGGAAAGGACAUAUUCCACUACAACCAUUUUGUGAACUGCUCACUGCAGUAUGAACACAGCAUUCCCUACCUAGUUCAUCUAAGUGAGCAUAUAAACAGAAUGAAAAAUCAAUUUGUCCAAUCGAAGAGUAAAAACACACUGAGAAAGAUCCUUUCUUCAAAAAAGGAGAACAUUUUCUCUUUCAAAAAAAUUAACCAAGCUUUAGUUUCCCUCCUGUGGACAGAGAAUCUGCAAAUUUAUCGAGGCAAGGGCGUCUUUGUCGCCUUCAAUGAUGAUAUCUACACUCACAAGAGCAAGCUAAAGCUAAACAUGUAUUAUUACCAAAGUGUUGGUGACCUGUACGAAAUCGAUUUGGUGCUGAGCGACCUUCACACGUUUUUUCUCUCUUCCCUGGAUUGGGUGCAAACACAGAUGGGGAGUGUGCCACGGUUGAGUGAUAACGAGAAGGACGAUCCCAUGGAACAUCUCAACCAUGCAGACGACGUCUCCGAUAUUGAAAACUACCUUUCGGACUCCUCCGGAAGGGAUGGAAGUGACAGAAGCGGCGGAGAAGAGGGAAGUGGCAAUCGUGGCAAUCGCGGCAGUCGCGGUGAAGGCGAGUACAACGUAAAGAGCAUUCUACGUGGGGGGGACGUCUUCGCGUCCCGCUUCCUUUUCAUAGGGAAACAUAUCGACGUGGAGGGGGUCAAGCGAAAAUUAAAUGACUGCCUGUGUGACUAA